AUGUUAUCGAUAAUGAAGUCAAGUUGGGAAAAUUUUCUAUUUCCGUUCAAUCCUACCCUGGCCGAUGAGAUUCUGUUCGAUGUCCGCACCAGCAAGCAGCUGCCGACAGCUGAUGAGAUAAUGGAAGAGUUUCGGCUUAAUGGUCAAGAUUUCGAAUAUUGCCCAGACACGGACGCACCAAAGAAAAUUGUGCCAUGGCGAAAAAAAAACAAAAAACCUUUGCCGACGGAAUGCGUGUUCUGCAAGAAUAAUGGGGAAAAGGAAUCGUACUACAAGAAACACUUGUUAAAAGAUGUCGACGGACGUAUUCUGUGCCCUGUCCUCAGAGCUUAUACGUGUCCGAACUGUGGCGCAUCCGGCGACUUGGCACACACUGAUAAGUAUUGUCCAAAUGGCCCGUACAAUCCUAAUAGCAAAAGCAUAACAAACGCCUUUAAAUCCACGAAAACUUUGCGGACAAACAUCGGUCGUAGCAAGUAAAAAUUUUUUGACAUUUUCGACGUAGAUGUGGAACAUUUUCUUUCUCCAUGUCAGUAAUAGUAAUAGAUACAUAGAUAUUAAUUUUUAAUUUACAGACGAAUUCAUAAAUACAUGCGAAAGUAUAUUCCGGUUA